GUCCUCUGCCAUACUACUCCCAAAGCCACAUUUCAACAUGACAUAGGAUCGAGACCCGGCUCUCCCAGCCCGAAGCUCACCGUUUCUGCCAUACAGCCCUCGCAGCAUCCCAGCUGUACCAAUUUCGAACUUUUUUUUUUUUUUUUUAACAUUCCCAGCUGCUCUUGUGAAACCCCUCCCCUGUACUUUUUCAUCCUUCCCCGGGAGAUAAGUCCGCUCCGUGGGAAUUAAAGGAGGUUGCUCGUUUUUCUGUUUACUUCGGGGAUCCGCAUGGAUGUGGAAGCGGUAGAGGGGAUGUCUCUGCCGGGUAUCCGACUCCGGAAUCGGGCGACGCAAGUGAUGCCGAACCAGAGGAAGGUCAGAGCGAGACGGAAAAAACGAAAGGAGUUGGUUUUAAUCCAGAUAUGCUUGUUCGGCGGCUUGCUUCUGGUCGUGAAGGGGUUUUCAUACUUAGCGGAAAAUUCAGGUUUCCAAGUCUCCAGCCACAGCAGCAGCGACCAGGAGAGAUGGGGAGGGAGGAGGCUACUGCAGGAAAUGGACAACAGCAGCCUAGAGGAAAUGGAGAGGGAAGGAUCUAAGAACUGCACUGCUCCAGCUCUGCACGAGUUCCCUACAGACCUGUUCACACACAAAGAGAGAACAGAAGGAGCUGUGGCCCUGCAUGUCCUGUGUACCAUUUACAUGUUCUGUGCCCUGGCACUCGUCUGUGAUGACUACUUCGUCCCCUCCCUGGAGAAGUUGUGUGAGCGUCUCCAACUCAGUGAGGAUGUGGCAGGCGCCACCUUCAUGGCGGCUGGCAGUUCGGCUCCUGAGCUCUUCACAUCCAUCAUAGGGGUGUUCAUCACCAAAGGUGACGUUGGUGUGGGGACCAUCGUGGGCUCUGCUGUCUUCAACAUCCUCUGCAUCAUUGGUGUGUGUGGCUUCUUUGCUGGCCAGGCAGUGAAGCUCUCUCAUUGGGCUCUCCUCCGAGAUUCAAUUUAUUACACAUUUUCUAUCACGGCUCUCAUUGUGUUCAUCUACGAUGAGAAGGUGUGCUGGUGGGAGUCUCUUGUCCUGAUUCUCAUGUAUGCAGUCUACAUCCUCAUCAUGAAGUUUAACGGCAGGGCACAUCGUUACUUUGACCGUCGAAAGAAGAGCUCUGUGAAUCUGUCCAACGGGCUGACAGGAAGCACUGACCUGGAGGAUAAUGUCACGUGUGAUGCCACUGCAGUCCUGCUCAAGAAAGCUAACUUCCACUGUAAGCCGUCUGUGCUGAUGGUGGAUGAGUUGCUGUCUGCGUACCCCCACCAGCUGACUUUUUCUGAGGCCGGCAUGAGGAUCAUGAUCACAAGCCAUUUCUCCCCCAGAACCCGCCUUACCAUGGCCUCUCGCAUGCUUAUCAAUGAGAGACAAAGACUGAUCAACACCACUGAGACUCGAGUCAACCGCAUCACUAACGGCGACUCGGACUCCGCAGCCAGGGCUCAGGGGAGGCGGGGCUUAGAGAAUGGGAUGGGAGGAGUUGAGCAGGGUCUGAACGGGAGGUGUAGACUACAGCGACUUGAGUCUGGGAAUGACACCGAGAAUGAAAACGAGGAUAACGAGAACAAUGAGAACGACGAGGAAGGAGAGGGAGAAGACAACGAUAACGGCCCCCUGGUGCCUUUCUCUAUUCCAGCUGGGGCGUGUACCAAGCUGAGGUGGCUUGUUAUGUGGCCUCUGUCCCUGCUUCUGUUCUUCACCGUGCCCAACUGUUCCAAGCGGCGCUGGGAGAGAUGGUUCAUGGUCUCCUUCUUCACCGCCACCAUCUGGAUCGCUGGUCUCUCCUACAUCAUGGUCUGGAUGGUGACUGUGAUUGGCUUCACUCUGGGCAUUCCAGAUGUUAUCAUGGGCAUCACCUUCCUAGCAGCAGGCACCAGCGUCCCAGACUGCAUGGCUAGUGUUAUAGUUGCACGGCAAGGUCUGGGAGACAUGGCCAUCUCCAAUUCCAUAGGCAGUAAUGUGUUUGACAUCCUGGUGGGCCUGGGCUUGCCCUGGGCACUGCAAACACUCUGCAUCGACUACGGCUCCAUCAUCUAUCUUAACAGCAGAGGACUCAUAUUCUCUGUUGGACUCCUGCUAGCCUCAGUAUUCGUCACAGUUCUCGGCGUCCAUUUGAACAAAUGGACUCUGGACUGGCGGCUUGGUUUGGCCUGCCUCAUCUUGUAUGCCAUCUUUCUAUGCUUCUCCAUCCUCAUCGAGUUCAAUGUCUUCAUCUUUGUCAACCUCCCUAUGUGCCCAGACAUCCACUGACCUCCCUCAUCCUCCUCUUCUUUGUCUUCUUCUUCCUCUGGUUAAUGGAGGACACCACACCUGGCUUCCAGUUUCUCUGCGCCUUGAAACCAAGUCCUACCUUUUAUUUUUUCAAGUAGAAAAAUAGAGCUCGAAAUGAUUUAUCUUUGGUGCAAUACACACAAGACAGAAGACACCGGAAGUUUAGUUUCUUUGGAGACCAUACAGGAGGCGUGAAAAGAAAGUCCCAGCAGCAGAGAUUGCUGCCAUUUAUCUAAUGAACUGACAGGUUGGCUGGAGUGAACUUACCUGUAUUAACACCAACAGUGAGGCUACUGUUGGUGAAGAAGCUGCUACUGUUACUGACUGACUGACUGACUGGAGGAAAGAGGGAAAUCCUGCGCUUACAGCGAUUUUUAGCUGGAUUGUUUGUUACUCUUUGUACAAGUUUGGAUAUAAGCACACGAUUAAGGUACUUUUAAGUAAAACUGGCUUUUUUCUGUAUAUAUUUGGAAUUAUAUUAGUACUAAUAUUAGCUGAUAUAUGGGAUUCUCUUAUGCACAACUGGAUCAGUCUUGCCGAACUGAAUGAUCCAGGGUCAUUGACAAUGUUGUAUGUUUUACCUUAGUGAUUUGGUCUGCCAGCAAUACACUCAAAAUGCUUCAAGAUGUCUCCCAUGCUCAGUACCAGCCAAUACAGCAUGCUUGUACUGUACUAGCCACAAGUCAACUCUAGCUUUGCACUGACGGAGAGAAUCUAGAUAUUUAACACUAUUCACAUAGAGUCUAUUCUUGUUUGUCUCUCUAUAGGCAUAACCCAGUACAUGUGGGCUUUAUUUUUACUUAAUAUAA